AUGGCCGUCUCUACAAUAUUCCUCUCUUUGACGUUACCAUGCUCACACCUCCGUCUUCCCAAGACCUCAUCACGGACACGGUGGUCUUCGGCGGUGACCGCUGCAGCCUCAGCACCCUUACGUGCAACGGCAAGCAACAGCGAUGCUUCAAUGAUUGGCAUGCUGUACCCUGCACUGGCCUAUUCAACCAUACUUUACUUCAAGUCAACAUACAACGUCCAGAUCGUCGUGCACGAUGACGAGCCCGAAGACAAACUCAUCAACCGCUUCAGAAAGGAGGUCCUCAAGGCCGGUGUUCUUCAGGAGUGCCGACGCAGACGGUUCUUCGAGAACAAGCACGACAAGAUCAAGAGAAAAACCCGCGAAGCUUCUAGAAGGAAUCGAAAAAGGAAGCCACGAUCAAGAGCUUUGGCUGAGAAGAAACUGGAAUCUGUUGCAAAGAAAAAGGAUGAUGAAGAUGAUGAUAUUGAUAACUGGGAACUUCCAGAUGUAGAUAUUCCGUAUUUAUGA